CGAUUUCGACAACCUGUAGUCACUUGAUCCGUCGACUAGAGCGCGUCAGCUGCCGUACUCAUCGGUCAACGAUCAAUCAUCGACGUGAAAUGAUAAGUGAUAACAGAUAACGAUUAAGGGCGAACGCGCGCGCGCGUGAGUGAUCUAACGACUUCUACCCGCGGGGCGCGGGCUGAAUGACUGGUGUUUUGCGUAGGUUGUUAUGCCCGUGGGGUUAAUGUGUUUUUUCUAGAUCAUUGACCCCUAUUAUUAUAUUACCCCGUUCGCGUUUUUUCCCUCUACCUUUUUUUUAUUAUUAUUACUAUUAUUCCAUUUGCGCACAUAAUACCUACUCGUGUCACUCCGAGACAAUGACAAGUGCGAAAUAAACCGUCUGGGUUAGUGGGUUGUGCCAUUAUUCCCGAUUCCGAACUAAGCCGGGCAUAAAACCAUCAUUAUAAUUCUCAAAGACACAACAUUUGUUAGGUUUAAAUAUUUUCCACAGUUUUUCAUUUUCUUUCGUCCACUUAACUAUCUACGCGGGGAAAUCAUUGUUGUUGACCAAGUCAACAGCAAGAUGGAAUCUAACUGUUGACAGCUUACACCAUACCGUGUUGGUGUUCAUCGAUAAAGCAUGAUAUCUGUUGGGACGAAUUCAAAAAUGGCCAGUAACAGGACUAAUGCUGCCACCUCCGCUGCCUCCAAUGACGAUUCAGAACAAGCAGCUGAACAAAUUAUACGUAAAAAAACUAUAAUAUCACCAGAAGAUGUAUUGACUUUGCCUAAAAUUACAGAAGGGUAUUUAUGUGCUCCAGAUGCAAAUAUAUAUAAUAUAGACUUUAUACGUUUUAAAAUACGUGACCUUGAUACAGGCAUGGUUUUGUUUGAAAUUGCCAAGCCUUCUGUAAUACUUGAAGACAAUCAAACUGAAGGAAAAGUAGAGGAAACAGAUCUAAAUAGUGGCCGAUUUGUACGCUAUCAGUUUACACCAAAGUUUCUUAAACUGAAAUUGGUUGGAGCAACCGUGGAAUUUACUGUGGGAAGUAAGCCAGUUAACAAGUUUCGCAUGAUUGAACGUCAUUAUUUCCGCAACAAAUUAUUAAAGACAUUUGACUUUGAAUUUGGUUUUUGCAUACCACAUAGCAAAAAUACAUGUGAACAUAUAUACAAGUUUCCAAAUUUGGAUCCUGAAUCAAUUAAGGAAAUGAUCCAAAAUCCAUUUGAAACUAAAUCAGACAGUUUCUAUUUUGUUGAAGACCGACUUAUAAUGCACAACAAAGCUGAAUAUGCAUAUAAUGGUGGAGUUUAGUAGAACUGAGACAACCUAUUUUAUGUUCAUUGAACAUGUUAACAUUUCACGGUUUUUUUUACUUAAUAUUUAUUCUAACAUGAUUUUUACAUCAUAUUGUGUGGUCACUUUUGUCACAUUUUUUGAAAUGGAGUUGCACCUUAUACUCCAACAAAGUUUGCUAUUCUUUUAAAAUAUAUUUGAACUCAAAUAUCACAGUGUUCUAUGAGUAUAAGACAUAGUAUUAUACAUUAUUUAUUAUUA